CCCCAACCCAGGUCCAUAGCUCCUCAGGGAAGCUUCUACCUCUGCACUAGAUCAACAACUUCUCUUCCUCUCUCUCUCUCUUGCUAACUGCUUCUCCUCCAUCUCAGAAAACAUCAAUGGCCACCUGUGUCGACUGCCUGCGCUCCGGCGUCGUCGCCGACCCACUUUCCAAGGACGUGCCGGCGUCCAUUUACGACUUCGCCGAGCUCUCGAGCGCUUACCACCAUUCUAAGAACGAGGAAAAGGACGAACUGUGGCACAGGAUGAGGGAGGAGGCCAGGAAGGAUGUGGAACAAGAGCCCGUCCUGGGAAGCUACUACGUCUGUGCCAUACUCGCCCAUGGGUCCCUAGAGAGUGCACUGGCCACCCACCUGGGGUACCGCCUCGCCACGCCCAACCUGCCCGGCCCCAACCUGGCCGAGGUCAUCCUCACCGUGCUUCUCGACGAUCGCGCCAUCCGGAAGGCGAUCCGGGAGGACAUGAAGGCCAUCAAGGAAAGAGACCCUGCCUGCGUUAGCUACGUUCAGAUCAUGCUCAACUUCAAGGGGUUCCUCGCCAUCCAGGCGCACCGGGUGGCUCACAGGCUGUGGCUCACCGGCCGUGUGCCGCUGGCGCUGGUCAUCCAGAACCGGGUGUCCGAGGUCUUUGCCGUGGACAUCCACCCCGGUGCAAGGAUCGGUAAGGGGGUGCUCCUGGACCAUGCUACCGGGACCGUGAUCGGCGAGACCGCCGUCAUCGGCGACAAUGUGUCGAUCUUGCACAACGUGACGCUCGGCGGUACCGGAAAGUGCAGCGGCGACCGGCACCCCAAGAUUGGGGAUGGGGUCCUGGUUGGUGCAGGUACGCAUGUGUUGGGAAACGUCAAGAUCGGCCAUGGGGCUAAGAUCGGGGCCGGGUCGGUCGUGCUGAAGGAGGUGCCGGAACGAACCACCGCGGUAGGAAACCCGGCGAGAUUGUUGGGUGGGAGAAACAACCCAAUCAAGCUGACCAAGAUUCCGAGCUUCACCAUGGAUCACACCUACGAGUGGUGUGACUAUGUCAUCUAAAUUUACUAAGAAACUAAUCAUCUUGUCGGUGUGCUCUUUUUUAAGUUUUCUUCUUCUUCUUCUCCCUCUUCCCCUCCUCUCCUUAAAAGUUGGUGGUGUCAUACCAAUAUUUUCAGUCGCUCGCUGAAAAUUAUAAUGCAGAAUCUUUCUUGUAUACUCUUUCUCUUUAUAUGUAUAUUUAUAUAAUUUACUUUCCUUUUUCCUAA